AUGGUGAAGCAAUAUAUCCCGGAAGAAGCUGAGUUAAAUCCAGAAUUAUAUGGCUUAAGAAGAUCACAUCGUGAAAGACGUGGUCCUACAAUUGUGGAAUCCGAUUCAGAGGAAGAUGUUGCACCAUCUAGAAAAAAGAAAAAAAUUCAGGAUGAUUAUGAGGAUGAAAUUUCAAUGGAUGAAGAUGAGAAUGACGAGUUUGACGACGACGAUGACAUAUAUUAUGAUGGUAGUUUUGGUGUUGGUAAAAGAAAAAAGUCCAAACCAAAAACUUCAAGAAAACAAAAGACCAAAAAGACCAAAGCCAGGAAAACCAAGGAAUCACCUUCGCCGCCACAGGAGUUAAGAUUUUCAACAAGAAAUAACAAGCAGGUUAAUUAUGCAAUUGACUACGACGAAGAUGACGCUGAUUUGUUGGAAAGUGAACCUGAGUUUGAUGAAGAGGAUGAAGAAGGUGACUACUAUUACUAUCAACAAGCAAUUGAGCCCGAAAAUGAACGUGGGAUAGACAUAGUCAUGGAUCAUAAGUUGAAUGAAGAGAAUACGGAGAAAACUGGUGAUCCCAAGAGUGAUUAUCUAUUCAAAAUCAAAUGGACAGAUGCUUCUCAUUUGCACAACACUUGGGAAAAGUAUCAAGACUUGAAACUGUUUAAAGGUUUUAGAAAAUUGGAUAAUUAUAUAAAGCAGUUCAUCAUCUAUGACGAUGAAAUUAGAAAUGAUCCGUUGACUACUAAAGAAGACCUAGAAGCAAUGGACAUAGAAAGAGAACGCAAGCGAGAUGAACAAGAAGAGUAUACUCAUGUCGAGCGAAUUGUUGAUAGCGAGAGGGUUGAAACUGAUGAUGGGGAAACCAAGCUACAAUAUUUUGUCAAAUGGAAACGACUUUAUUACGAUGAAUGCUCUUGGGAAGAUGCCAAGGAAAUAGCAAAGAUUGCACCUGAGCAAGUAACUAAAUAUCAGCAAAGAUUGAAUUCAAAAAUCUUGCCCAGUCUUUCUGCUAACUAUCCCCUCUCUCAACGACCAAGGUUUGAGAAGUUGUUUAAGCAACCUGUAUUUAUCAAGAAUGGUGAAUUGAGAGAUUUCCAGUUGACAGGUUUGAACUGGAUGGCAUUUUUAUGGUCUAGAAAUGAAAACGGCAUUUUGGCAGAUGAAAUGGGUUUAGGUAAGACAGUUCAAACUGUUGCAUUUUUGUCCUGGUUAAUUUAUGCAAGAAGACAGAAUGGUCCUCAUUUGGUUGUAGUGCCAUUAUCAACGGUGCCCGCAUGGCAAGAGACUUUUGAAAAAUGGGCUCCUGAUGUUAAUUGUGUUUAUUACAUGGGUAAUGGAGAGGCCCGGAAAACUGUAAGGGAGUAUGAGCUUUAUAACCAAAAUAACAAACCAAAGUUCAAUGUCUUGUUGACAACCUAUGAAUAUAUUUUGAAAGACAGAACUGAACUCGGGGCAUUCAAAUGGCAGUUUUUGGCCGUCGACGAAGCACAUAGGUUGAAGAAUGCAGAAUCAUCAUUGUAUGAAGCAUUGAAAAGUUUCAGAGUUAGCAACAGAUUAUUAAUUACUGGGACCCCAUUGCAAAAUAAUGUCAAGGAAUUGGCGGCAUUAUGUAACUUUUUGAUGCCCGGAAAGUUUACAAUAGACCAGGAGAUUGAUUUUGAAACUAUUGAUUCCGAACAGGAACAGUACAUUAAGGAUUUGCAGAAAAAAAUAAGUCCGUUCAUUUUGAGACGUUUGAAAAAGGAUGUUGAGAAAUCUUUGCCAUCAAAGUCAGAGCGUAUUUUGAGAGUGGAAUUAUCCGAUAUACAGACUGAAUACUAUAAAAAUAUCAUUACUAAGAACUACGCUGCGUUGAAUGCUGGUAAUAGGGGAUCCCAAAUAUCGUUAUUAAAUAUCAUGAGUGAGUUAAAAAAAGCAUCUAACCACCCUUACUUGUUUGAUGGCGCAGAGGAAAAAGUUUUGGAUAAAGAAGGUUCUCAUUCUAGAGAGAAUACCCUCAAAGGAAUAGUAAUGUCGUCGGGUAAAAUGGUUUUACUUGAACAGUUAUUAUCGAGGUUGAAGAAAGAAGGUCACCGUGUUUUGAUUUUUUCUCAAAUGGUGAGAAUGCUAGAUAUAUUAGGUGACUAUAUGUUUAUAAAAGGGUAUCAGUUUCAAAGAUUGGAUGGUACUGUGCCGUCAUCGAAAAGAAAAAUUGCUAUUGACCACUUUAAUGCACUUGGAUCCAAGGAUUUUGCAUUUUUAUUAUCCACCAGAGCAGGUGGUUUGGGUAUUAACUUGAUGACUGCUGAUACGGUUAUUAUCUUUGAUUCUGAUUGGAAUCCUCAGGCAGAUUUGCAAGCCAUGGCUCGUGCACACAGAAUUGGUCAAAAGAACCAUGUCUCAGUGUAUCGUUUCGUUAGUAAAGAUACUGUUGAAGAACAAAUAUUAGAAAGAGCAAGGAAAAAGAUGGUUCUUGAAUAUGCUAUCAUUUCAUUGGGUAUAACUGACCCCAAUGCCAAGAGCAGUAGCAAAACUGAACCGUCGACUAACGAAUUGAGCCAGAUUUUGAAAUUUGGUGCUGGUACUAUGUUUAAAGAAAAUAAUAAUCAACAAAAAUUGGAAAAUUUGAACUUAGAUGAUGUCUUGAGUCACGCAGAAGACCAUGUAACUACUCCUGAAUUAGGUGAAUCCAAUUUGGGCUCUGAAGAAUUCUUGAAGCAAUUUGAGGUUACAGAUUACAAGGCUGAUGUUGAGUGGGAUGACAUUAUUCCACAGGAAGAGUUGACCAAGUUGAAAGACGAAGAAAAAAGGAAAGCCGACGAGCAAUAUUUACAAGAUCAGAUUGCGAUGUAUUCAAGAAGAAAAGCUGCUAUUCGCAAGUUUGAAAAUGGCUCCUCUGUGCCAAGUGAUGUUGAGGAUAGUGGCGAAGACCUGAGGCCAUUGAGAAGAAGAAAUGCUGGAGACCACCAGCUAUCUGAAAAAGAAAUUAGAGGUAUUUAUAGAUCUAUCUUAAAGUGGGGAGAAUUGAGUGGCAAAUGGGAACAGUUAGUGGAAGAAGGGAGCAUCACAAACAAGAAUCCCGUAUUAGUCAAACAUGCCUAUAAUGAAAUUAUCAGCACUUCGAAGCAAUUGGUGAAGGAAGAAGAAGCAAGACGUGGUGUUGUUCUUGCUGAAUUAGAAAGAAAGGCUGAAGAACAAAAGAGGCGACCACCAGUACCGGGUGAACCAAAUCAAACUGCAUUAUGGAUUGCAAAGAAGAAAGAAAAAAAGGCCGUGUUAUUUGAGUACCAGGGUGUGAAAAACAUAAAUGCUGAAUUAGUAUUGAAUAGACCAGUGGAUAUGAAAUUGUUGGAAAAAAUUGUAACAAAAACAGAUUUCAUGAAUUUUGUGUUACCAAGACACCCGAAACAGGUACAAGCUUGGUCUUGUGAGUGGACAGCUAAAGACGAUGCAAUGUUGUUGGUCGGUGUUUACAAAUUUGGUUAUGGAUCUUGGGUACAGAUCAGAGACGACCCGUUGUUAGGCUUACAGAACAAACUAUUUUUAGAAAACCCUAGUACAGGAAAAGAUCCCGCUACCAAACAAGAUGGUAAGGAAACUGUGAAGAAAGUUCCUGGCUCGGUACAUCUAGGAAGACGUGUUGACUAUUUGUUUACUUUGUUAAGAGACGAAGAAUCUGAUAGUUCAGUGGGCGGAUCUACACCUGUCGCAAGUGUUCGAAAGAGAAUUAAGAAAUCAACACCAGUUCCACACAACAGUAGUAACAGCAACGGCAGUCACAACACUAACACUAGUAAUAGUAAUGGUGGUACAGCAAACAACACAGGCAAACACAGGAAGCCUGUGAAGUUGGAAAGUUCUGAAAAACUCAUUAAACAAAAGAGAACGAAUCAACGAAGAAACUCUGCCUCAGCAUCUCCAGCACUUGGUUAUGCCAAGUUUAAAGAAGAAAAGCGAGAACUUGAAUACGAAAGCAUGGACGAGGGAUCAUGCAAGUCUAUUAUGCAGCCAGUAACCAAUUCGUUGCACAAGUUGCAUAAGGGAAGUAAAGGGUUAGAUAAACAUGAGUGGGCAAAAAUUUUAAAAUCAGAAUUACUUAACAUUGGUGAUUUUAUUGAAUCAGAGGUUCGGAAAGUACAAAACAAGGAUAAACUAAGAAAACACUUGUGGUCUUUUACUGGUCUUUAUUGGCCAUCUAAGGUACCAAGUAACAAAAUUGGAGCUAUGUAUAAUAGGCUCAAACAAUCUAAUUAG